AUGGCAAACUCCUUUGCAUCAAAGACCUUCACCACACUUUCAGAUCUGCAUCCAAAUAUGGCUAAUCUGAAAAUAAUUGGUAUAGUUAUUGGGAAAACAGAUGUCAAAGGCUUUCCAGACAGAAAAAAUAUCGGAUCAGAGAGAUACACUUUCAGUUUCACCAUUCGGGACUCACCAACGCAUUUUGUCAAUGUGACAUCCUGGGGCAGCGAAGGUUACAUCAGGUCGCUUUCUGACAGCUUUAGGGUUGGAGAGUGCGUGAUCAUCGAAAAUCCCCUGAUUCAAAGAAAGGAAUUAGAAAGAGAAGAAAAAUUCAGCCCUGCAACUCCCAGCAGCUGUAAGCUAUUGCUCAGUGAGAAUCACUCCACGGUAAAAGUUUGUUCCAGUUACCAAGUGGACACCAAGCUCCUUGCUUUGAUAUACUUACCUGUCAAAGAGUCUCAUGAUUUUUAUUCAUUGGGUGACAUUGUUGCAAAUGGAUGCAGUCUGGAUGGGAGGAUUAUUAACGUGCUUGCGGCAGUGCGCUCGGUCGGAGAGCCAAAACACUUUACAACUUCAGACCGGAGGAAAGGCCAGAGGUGUGAGGUGAAGCUCUACGAUGAGACAGAGUCUUCUUUUGCAAUGAUAUGUUGGGAUAAUGAAUCUAUCCUGGUUGCACAGAGCUGGGUGCCGCGAAACACAGUGAUAUUUGCCUCAGAUGUAAGGAUAAGUUUUGACAAAUUUCGGAACUGCAUGACGGCAACUGUAAUCUCAAAGACCAUUAUUACGACUAAUCCAGAUACCCCAGAAGCUAACAUCCUGUUGAAUUUUAUAAGAGAAAAUAAAGAAACAAAUCCUCUGGAUGCUGAAAUGGACAGUUACUUGAGAGAAUCCGUAGAUUUAAAUACAAUAGUUGAUGUCUACACAGUUGAGCAAUUAAAAGUAAAAGCUUCGAAGAAUGAAGGGAAGGCUGACCCUUCCUACGGCAUUCUUUAUGCUUACAUUUCUACGCUGAAUAUUGACGGUGACGCCACGACAGUAGCUCGACACCAAUGCUCAGGCUGUGGUUAUGUUGUAAAUGAAGCAUCCAGCACUUGUACUGCUUGCAACAAAAAUUCUUUGGAAUUUCGGUCUGUUUUUCUCAGCUUCCACUUGCUGAUUGACCUCACGGACCACACAGGUACCCUCCAGGCCUGCAGUCUCACGGGACGGGUUGCUGAGGAGACGUUAGGCUGCACCGUAAAUGAGUUUCUUGCAAUGACGGAUGAACAGAAAACAGCACUGAAGUGGCAAUUUCUUCUGGAAAGAAGCAAAAUUUAUUUAAAAUUUUUUUUAUCACACAGAGCGAGGGGCGGAUUGAGAAUUAGUGUGCUCUCAUGUAAGCUGGCAGACCCUGUUGAGGCAAGUAGGAGCUUGUCUGGGCAAGGAAAAGUUUAAAACAAGAUACUUCAAACUCUGGACAAGAAUAUGAGUUUCCAUUUUCUUGAGAGUGGAAAAUGAGUUUGAAAACUAUGGAUAAAAUUGUAUUUUGUUCAAAGGUGGUAAAAGUGUUUCUAUAAAUUGUUAUUAUGUAUCCUUCUGGAGCUGGUUAGGGGGUAAGUCUUAAAAUCUCUCAUCCACCCCAGCUCCUUUCUUAGAAGGCCUUUUGGCUGAUUUUGCCCUCUCUUCCCAAGUUG